AUGUCUCCUCCUCCUCCUCUUUCGGAGUCUCACACCGCCGAGUCCCUCCGAAACCUUUUCGCCUCUACUUUCUCUUGGUUCCUCCCCGAGAACGUCAUCGACGAGGACACGCUCGAGUAUCUGUUCACGAGUUUAUCCGAUGGAAGUUUCGAGGACAAGGAGGAGUUUCUGGAUUUCGUGACGCCACUUUUGAUGGAAUUAUUCGAAGGUGACGACGAAGACGAGGCGAGAGCGCAGUGCACGAAAGCGCACGAUUUGUUAUACGGCAAGUGUGUAGAAGAAGGGAGCGAUACUACGAAAGAGGAGGAGACGACCACGAGAGUGAUAAACGUGAAAUUAGGUGGCACUCCAGGGGAAGAGGAGGAAAGCGAAUUCGAGAAAGAGGUUUCGAGGCGAUUGCGAGAGAAGGAAAGAGACCGUUUGCCAGAUUUUAGCACGAAUACGAACCAUCGAAAUCAAAACGAAGAUAAAGCGCAUGAGAAAGAGCAACGGAAAAUGAGGAAAAAACUGGAAGAGAGCGAGGAGGAGGUGCGGAAGUUGUUGAGAGAACUGGACGUCGCCAGGGAGACGGCGGCGAAGAGACGCAUCGAAGGAAGUAGCGGCGGAGGGAACGGGUCGAUUGGAACGAUUGAAGUUGGGCCCUUAAACGUGCCGAAUCCAGGUGGAGGGCAGGAUCUCAUCAACGAUUGCGUUUUGACGUUCGUACCUGGGAGAAGGUACGCGUUGAUUGGAAGAAAUGGAACCGGCAAGUCUACUUUGCUGAAGUAUUUGGCGUCCAGACGGGUGGGCGACAAGGUUGGUUUCUCCGAGGAUGUUUUCGUGCAUUACGUGAAUCAAGAGGUCACGUUGAACGAGGAGCAAGAAGAAUGGUUACCAGUGGACGUUGUGUUACACGCGGAUGUGCAAAGACGACUUUUGUUGGAGGAGUUGAAAGAGUUGGAAUCCAACGCGAGCGGAGAAGGUGACGUGCAAAGGAUUUCUGUCGUUCACGAACAUUUAGAUUCUAUAGAGUCCUCGUCCGCGCACGCCAGAGCGUCGCAAUUGCUUCGCAGUCUCGGUUUCAGCGAGGAAUUAGCCAGUCGUAAAAUGAAACAGUUAUCUGGUGGGUGGAGAGUUCGGACGAGUUUAGCCGCCGCGUUGUUCGCGACUCCCGAUAUAUUAUUCUUGGACGAGCCGACGAAUCAUUUGUCGAUUCAAGCGGUUAUGUUUUUAGCAAAAGAGCUGGUGGAGAAUCCAGUUUGGAAAUCUCGCAUUAUCGUCUGCGUUUCGCACGACAGACACUUCUUGGACGAAACCACGACGGAUUCGUUGCAUAUUUCUGGCGUCGCCAAACGAGUCACGUCGCAUCGAAUGAACUAUUCCAGUUGGGCCAAAAAGAGGAGAGAACAGCAAAUCGCGUUGAAAAAACGCACGGAAUUGAGACAGAUAAAGAUUGACACGCUGAAGGAAUUCGCUGGGCACGGGUUCCGCUACGGCGGCUCCUCGUCGCAAAUCAAUAUGAUGCAGAAGAAAGCCUCCGAGGCGAAGAAAUUAGAGUUGGAAGCCGAGGAAGAACAAAACGAACUCGCGGAUUUAGAAGAAGAUAGAGAGAAUAGUUUAAGUUUAUGCGCGGGAGGUGAAUUGCAAUCACAAUCGAUCUCCAUGCUUGAAAGUUGUUCGUUUCGGUACCCAAACACAGAGAAAGAUAUAUUCACGGAUGUCGAUUUAAGCGUCGAUUCGAAAUCGCGCGUCGUUUUGCUCGGCGAGAAUGGACAAGGGAAAACGACUUUAGUUAAAGUCAUCACAAACGCUUUGAAAAGUACCGGCGGUUCGGUGAAGCGCGACCACGGCGCUCGAAUCUCGUUGGUGAAUCAACACCACGCCGAGCAGUUGAAAUACGACAUGACUCCGUUGCAAUUCAUGCUCGAGAAAUACAAAGGCGACGGAAGUUACAAACACGAGCAAGAAAUUAGAGGACAUUUAUCGAGUUGCGGCGUGCCGACUGCGUUACAAAGCAUACCAUCCGGAAGUCUUUCCGGGGGUCAACGUUCGCGAGUCGCCAUGGCUGCGGUGUCCUAUUUUAAACCGCAUUUGAUCGUUUUAGACGAGCCGACGAAUAACUUAGAUUUAGAAUCGUGCGAAGCGCUCGCGAAAGCCAUCUCGGAUUUCAAAGGAGGCGUGAUUUUGGUUUCGCACGACCAGUUUUUCGUCGAACAAGUUGGCAAAGAGUUCAUCGCGAUUGAAAAUGGUCGCGCCGUGCGCUUCGAGAACUUUAAGAAAUACAGAGCGAGCAUAGCGGCGAAAAUGCCAAAAUAG